AUGAAGGGUCCAUCAAUCAGAUAUUCUCAUGUUCGACGACGAUACGAAGGUGUGUGGACUGGUAACUCAGAUGGAGCAUUUGUAAGGGGGGAGAAAAGAUAUCCAUUUGUCGUUGCUGAUGACGGGAUUUGA